AGGUGGUCCUGGGCCCCCGGGGCGCCGCGAAGGCUGCCGCGCUUGCGGCGGAGUUCCCUGGCACCGCCCGCGUGGCGGGCAGCAACCAGGAGGUGGUCGACGCGGUCGACUGCGUCGUGGUGGCGGUGCUGCCCCGCCAGGCCGAGGAGGUGCUCCGCGCCCUGACCUUCCGGGAAGGCCAGCAGGUGCUGUCCCUGGUGGCGACCCUGCCGCCCUCGCGCCUGCGCGAGCUCGCCGCGCCCGCCGCCGAGGUGGCGGUGGCCGUGCCGCUGCCGGCGGUGGCCAGGCGCCAGGGCGCGACGCUGCUGAUCCCGCCCGUGCCCUUCGCGCAGGCCGUCUUCGCCCCACUCGGCUCCUGCGUCUCGGUGGACGACGAGGCCCAGUUCCGGCGCCUUCAGAGCGUCACCGCGCUCAUGGGGGACUUCUAUGCGAGGCGGCAGCUGACAGUGCAGCAGUGGCUGGUGUCCCACGGCGUCCCCGAGGCGCAGGCCGCCGCGUGGGUCGGCGCCGACUUCGCGACCAUGGCGGCGGACAGCGCGGGCGCGGGCGCCGGCACGCUCGCCGCGCUCGUGGCCGAGCAGACGCCCGGGGGCAUGAACGAGAUGGUCCCUCGGGAGGAAGCGGAUGGCUCUUACCAGUCUCUGCUGUACUCGCUCGACGCGGUGCACCGGCGCUUCGCCACUGGCAAGGCGGACCCGGAGUUGGCCCCGGCAGUCAAACGCCAGAGGACGCAGUGAGGGCGCGCCGCGGGGGGGGCCGCGGAGAGCCCCCCCGGAGCGUGCCCUCAUCAUCGUCGUCGUCUUCGUCGUCGUCGUUGUCCCCCUCCGUCCCAUCUGGGGGGGAGGCCCGUGGGCCACGAGCCCGGGAUCAUGUGCGGCGCGCCCCGGCUCGGCGCGGGGCGCGCAGGGGAUCGCGGGCGCGCGCGGGCCGCCGCGCGGAGGCCGCAG